CAAGAAAUACUGGAACCACCAACGCGCCGCCACCAAAUUUUACGGAAUUAAAAAUCUUCCUCUCCAGAAAUUUCUUUACGAGUUCAUCUUUAUCACAUUUCCACGUUGGCAUCUUAAUUGGCUACUAUAAAACAUAAAUUAAACCUCCCUUAAACCCAUCGUCAUAUAGCUGAGAAACAGUCAAAAUUCCAUCAAAAAAUCCUCUGAUUUUAAUUGUUUCUGAUCUCUGAAUUUGAAGAUGCUGAGCGGUGGGAGCAAAUUAUUGGGUAAUUCCAUGGUGGCUGUGUUGGGUCCUCGUUUAUUCUCCUCUGUAACCACUCGUGUGGUGUACGGUGAGCCGGUGGCAACUGGGAUCCUUACUGGUUACAAGCUUGGGGUUGUUGGCGUGAGAAACAGAAGCACUUUGGCUUUGGGUGAGAAGGAGCAGGAGGAGAAGAAACAGGCGACGGAAACAGCCGGUGACGGUAACAAUGAUGAAGAGAAAAGGAUCGUGAGUUACUGGGGCGUGGAAGCUCCGAAGGUCACUAAAGAAGAUGGAACUGAGUGGCGAUGGAGCUGCUUUAAGCCAUGGGAGACUUACAAAGCUGAUUUAUCAAUUGAUCUGAAGAAACACCAUGCGCCUGCAACAUUUAUGGACAAAAUGGCUUUCUGGACCGUCAAAUCUCUAAGAUGGCCAACAGAUUUGUUCUUUCAGAGGAGAUAUGGAUGCCGGGCAAUGAUGCUUGAAACGGUGGCGGCGGUGCCCGGGAUGGUGGGGGGCUUGCUGUUACACUGCAAGUCACUGAGGAAAUUCGAGCACAGCGGGGGCUGGAUCAAGGCGCUUUUGGAAGAAGCUGAAAACGAGAGAAUGCAUCUAAUGACAUUCAUGGAGGUCGCACAGCCCAGAUGGUACGAGAGGGCUCUGGUUUUUACCGUCCAAGGCGUGUUCUUCAACGCCUACUUCUUGGGCUAUUUGAUUUCUCCGAAAUUCGCCCAUCGCAUGGUAGGGUACCUUGAAGAAGAAGCAAUUCACUCUUACACAGAGUUCCUCAAAGAAUUGGACAAAGGUAACAUUGAAAAUGUUCCAGCUCCUGCAAUCGCCAUAGAUUACUGGCGCCUGCCGCCGGACUCCACUCUUCGUGAUGUUGUGAUGGUGGUGAGAGCCGAUGAGGCUCAUCACAGAGAUGUCAAUCACUUUGCAUCUGAUAUACAUUAUCAAGGCCGCGAACUGAGGGAGUCGCCAGCGCCAAUUGGGUAUCACUAAAAUGCUCAAAUAUCAUAGAGAAUAAGGAUGUUCUUUGUGUAGUAAUGACUGCGAUGUAAAAAGUAUGGGAGUUUUUCCAUAAAUUAGACUGUUUUACCAGUUGAAACAGUCUAUUGAAACUAAAAUAAUUUUGAUAAUGAAACAAUUUAUAUUACAAUGUAAAUAACAAAUUAAUUUAACUUUUUA